UUGACUCCCAUUGUAAUGACUUCAAAGCCUUGGUAUACGAGUUCAUGGUAAACGGCAACUUGGACAUUUGGUUGCACCCAAACGACGAACACAUGCAAUUCAAACCUUUGAGCUUCCUGCAAAGAUUGAACAUCACGAUCGAUGUGGCCUCUGCUUUGGAUUAUCUUCACCACCAGUGCCGAACUCCAAUCAUCCACUGUGAUCUGAAGCCAAGCAACAUUCUUCUCGACGAUGAUUUCACGGCUCACAUCAGUGAUUUUGGAUUGUCGAGGCUCAUUUUCAAUUCUAACAAAGACAUCUUUUCGGGUCAUCCUAGCUCCUCUGCUUUUCAGGGAACCAUGGGUUACAUUGCUCCAGAAUAUGGAAUGGGCGUUCGUCCAUCAACAAGUGGGGAUGUGUACAGUUUCGGAAUUCUCUUGUUAGAGAUGUUCACGGGAAGACGACCAACAGACAACAUAUUUAAAGAGAAUUUUAACCUUCAGAAGUUCGUCAAGUCAGUGUUGUCAAAGCGAACAAUGGGGAUUUUGGAUCAGUCGAUUUUCUGUGGGGAAGUAGGCGAAAGCAUGGACAAGGAGGGGAUAUGGAGAGACUGUGGAAUUGACCAAGCCGAAUGUCUGAUAUUGGUUUUUGAGAUCGGAUUAAUUUGCUCAGCAGAAUCACCGAAAGACAGGAAGGACAUGAAUGGAGUUGCACGGGACUUGCUCUCAAUCAGAGACAAGUUUCUCAAAACCGGCAUCCAUGAGGAUAGAAUACAGAGCCCUGCACCGAGUAAAGCACCUUUUUAA